AUGUCUAUCUCACUUCAAAUAGGUGCAUUGACAGACGAGUUGGUAGCAGCUGUCGCCAAGUCGUCUGGUAAGAACCCGUCAGCCAUACCCGGGAGGGCCGCUAUUGAGAAGAAAAUCAAGGAUGACUCCUAUUUAAGGACAAAUAAGUUCGAAGUUAUGAAAUGUCUCGACGGCUUGCUAGAAAAAUUUCAAGUCGUUGGAAAUGAUGAACUAUCAGAUGCACUUCAUCGAAGGCUAGAAGAACUGGACCAAAAGAAAUUGAGUUUGGCUCCCGAAAUACUCUCCCUUCUAUUGUUUCUCUCGGACAAUCCGGCCACUCUUACAAAUUUAAAGGAUUUGAAGGAAUUUUCACCACCGAGGGACCCCAAGACCAUAGAAUGGGCAGACAUCACGGACUCGAAGUUGAAUGAACCGGAUGAUCUCUGGAAGGAUAUCGAUUACGCUGCAGAAUCUUCUGAUGAUGAUAUAUCCUCGGCAUCCAGCCAUGUUUCGAUACCAAAAAUUGUACCUCAUGGCUCAACAGUUCCUCUGGAAGAAUUUAACCCGUCUGAAGACUUAUUUAUUGAUGUACAAGACGACGCCUUGGUAGCCUCCAUUAUUAAAUCUCAAGCUCUCUUGGAAGGAGGGGAUGGUGAAGUAUUAUACCUGACUGAGCUCCAAUUUGUCAAGGAUGCCAUAUCUAUGCUUCGUGGUUUACCAACGUCGACAUUCUCAAUUUAUGAUGAUAAAAUUGGAAUUAAUCGGAAUAUUUCCUUAUCGCAUACCUCUCAGUUUGCAUUCCAGGGGUUAAUGAUGUCCUUCAGCAGUAUCGGAACUUCCGUCCAGAUUUUAAGAUCGUUUCUAAAACGACCACAGCGAGUUCCAUUCAUGCAGACCUUUCAGAAGGAACUAGAAGCGCUGGUCCUAUCAUUUGAUAGAUACCUCUCCAGUGAGCAAUCGCAUUAUCUAUAUCGACCUACUCCACUUUCUGUCAGCCUUCUUCAUCUACUUCACAAGGUUAGGCAGCAUGUGAGGGUGCUACUUGAGCUUGCUAGUCUUAUCGAUGACCUUAAUAAAAACUCCAGUCAUGAAAAUUUCCGGUGUCUAGAUUUGUUAUAUGACUUAGUGUGCGAAAAACAGGCAGCAGGCGAGGACAGUCAAUACCGGGAAAUCUCACAGCUAUUUUUUGCCUGCUUUGAGAACUAUACAAAACCCAUUAGACACUGGAUGGAAACAGGAGAUCUAGACAUAGGCCAAUUGUCUUCCUUCUUUGUCACCACCUCGACCAGCUCACACGAUGACCUGCAGACACUCUGGCAUGACUGGUUUAACCUAAAUUGGCAGUCAGGCCGUUUAUACGCUCCAAAAUUUCUUCAUCCCUCGUCAAAGAAAAUAUUUAUUACUGGGAAGAGUCGAGUAUUUCUUCGACACCUCGGUAUUGAGCCCAUGAACCCCAGAGUGCCUGACCCUCCCUCGCUCCACUACGAGGUUGUUUGCCCCUUAAACCAAUCAUUAUCAUUAUAUCCUUUUGCCGGCCGACUGGAUGCAGCAUUUAACCAGCUUGUUGACACCAACCAUAACCACGCCUCCUCACUGCUGAAAGCAGAACUUGAUGAGAAGUGCGGUCUAUGGCAAUCACUAGAUGCGCUUGAAUAUUUAUAUUUAGGUAAAGAUUACGGAAGAUAUUCCGUUACUGACUACAGAAUAUUCAAUCUUAUUGACAGGGGAAGUCGAUCCUGGAAUGACCGCUUCCUUAUCACGGAGUUACUCAGGCAAGCUUUUAGCGGUUUGCCGUGUAUCGAUGUCACAAGCCUGAUUGGUCGUUCGGCGAAAGUUCCGCUACAUGUUUUUGAUAGCCACAGUCGGUCUGUUCAAAUUCUCAAGGUCAUCUCUAUCGAUUAUGCCUUGCCUUGGCCAGUUGCGAAUAUUGUCACCAGAGAUUCCCUGCAAAUUUACAAGCGUAUUUCACUACUACUGAUGCAAAUACGCAGAGGGAAAUACACACUUGAGAAACGUUGGUUUACAAAGCCACAUUUAUCUCCAAACGACGAUGAAGAGGGAGCCGAUCACAUCUUAAGCUUUUGCGUUCGACACCGUUUGUUAUGGUUCUUGAACGUUCUCUACCAUCAUUUCACGGAAGUUGUCAUCGCUCGUGCUACCCGCGAAAUGGUCAAAGCCGCCAAAGCCUCAGCAGAUGUGGACUCCAUGAUUGAAAUACACCAGUCAUAUAUCAGAGCAUUGGAAGCGCAGUGUCUUUUAAGUAAAGAUUUUGCGCCUAUACACCAUGCAUUGAUCUCUCUACUGGAUCUAUGCAUAUCGUUUUCCGACACACAAGUUGCUCGCAGCCUAGAGUUACAGCAAGAUCAAAAUGAGCAGACUUUGAGCACUAUACGCUUAGCACGGAUGGCUUGGGAAAGAGCACUGGUUGAAGAUGAGUUUGACGAUAGCGAAUAUGAUCUGGAGAUAUCCAUGUUCGAAGCUGGAAAUGCUACAAGUAUCUCCUUUUUUGAACAAUCUUACCAUUGUCGUGUUAUGCGCGUAAAGUCAAAGUUUGAUAAUCUCUGCUCGUCAAUCAAAGCUGGUCUUAGAGUUGAUCACGGCGAUUAUUCGCAAACUAUGGAGACUCUAGCAGAUAGACUCGAAUGGGGCUGA